ACACGGCCCCGGGCCGCAGCCGCCGCCGCCGCCGAGCGCGCCGAGACGCCGAACAGGUGGCCGGAGGCUGCGGGCGCCGCGGCGGGCAGAGGCGAGGCGAGCCCCGGGCGACGCGAGGGCGGCCGGGCCGGGCCGGGCAUGCGAUCCGAGCGGCCCCCCGGCGCCGCCGCCUGCCCGCGCCCCUAGCCUCCCGCGCGCCCGUGCAGCGGCCCCGCCGCGCCGAGUGUCCAGCCGCCCCGGCCCGGGGCCGCCCCGGCCGCGGUCAGCGAGGGGCGCGGGCCAGCCCGCGGCGACGGCGGCAUGAAAGUGACCGUGUGCUUCGGGAGGACCCGGGUGGUCGUGCCGUGUGGAGACGGCCACAUGAAAGUUUUCAGCCUCAUCCAGCAAGCGGUGACCCGCUACCGGAAGGCCAUAGCCAAGGAUCCAAACUACUGGAUACAGGUGCAUCGCUUGGAGCAUGGCGAUGGAGGAAUCCUGGACCUAGAUGACAUUCUCUGUGAUGUAGCAGAUGAUAAAGACAGACUGGUGGCAGUGUUUGAUGAGCAAGAUCCACAUCAUGGAGGUGAUGGCACCAGUGCCAGCUCCACAGGUACCCAGAGCCCAGAGAUAUUUGGUAGUGAGCUUGGCACCAACAAUGUUUCCGCCUUCCAGCCUUAUCAAGCAACGAGUGAAAUUGAGGUCACACCUUCAGUCCUUCGUGCAAAUAUGCCUCUUCACGUCCGACGAAGCAGUGACCCAGCUUUAAUUGGCCUCUCCACUUCUGUCAGCGAUAAUAAUUUUUCCUCUGAAGAGCCUUCCAGGAAAAACCCCACGCGCUGGUCAACAACAGCCGGCUUCCUCAAGCAGAACCCUGCCGGGAGCCCGAAACCCUGCGACAGGAAGAAAGAUGAAAACUACAGAAGCCUCCCACGGGAUACUAGUAACUGGUCUAACCAAUUUCAGAGAGACAAUGCUCGCUCGUCUCUGAGUGCCAGUCACCCGAUGGUGGACAAGUGGCUGGAGAAGCAAGAACAGGAUGAGGAUGGAACAGAAGAAGAUAACAGCCGUGUGGAACCAGUCGGACAUGCUGACACUGGUUUGGAGAACAUACCCAACUUCUCCCUAGAUGAUAUGGUAAAGCUCGUACAAGUCCCCAACGAUGGCGGGCCCCUGGGAAUCCAUGUAGUGCCUUUCAGUGCUCGAGGCGGCAGAACCCUGGGGUUAUUAGUAAAACGAUUGGAGAAAGGUGGUAAAGCUGAACAAGAAAACCUUUUUCACGAGAACGAUUGCAUUGUCAGGAUUAAUGAUGGCGACCUCCGAAAUAGAAGAUUUGAGCAAGCGCAACAUAUGUUUCGCCAAGCCAUGCGUACACCCAUCAUUUGGUUCCAUGUGGUUCCUGCAGCAAAGAAAGAGCAGUAUGAACAACUAUCCCAAAGUGAGAAGAACAGUUACUAUCCAGGUUGCUUCGGCCCUGACAGCCAGUAUAUCGACAACAGGAGUGUCAACAGCGCAGUGCCUCACGGGGUGCAGAGAGCACCCAGACUGAACCACCCGCCCGAGCAGCUAGACCCUCAUCCACGACUACCUCACAGCGCGCACCCCUCCGGAAAGCCGCCAUCGGCGCCAGCCCUAGCACCCCACAAUGUAUUUAGCACGAAUGUAAGCAGCAGUUAUAACACCAAAAAAGUAGGCAAGAGGCUUAAUAUCCAGCUUAAGAAAGGUACAGAAGGUUUGGGAUUCAGCAUCACUUCCCGAGAUGUUACAAUAGGUGGCACAGCUCCAAUUUAUGUGAAAAACAUCCUCCCACGGGGGGCUGCCAUUCAAGAUGGCAGACUUAAGGCAGGGGACAGACUUAUAGAGGUAAAUGGAGUAGAUAUAGCAGGCAAAUCCCAAGAGGAGGUUGUUUCGCUGCUGAGAAGCACCAAGAUGGAAGGAACCGUGAGCCUUCUGGUCUUUCGCCAGGAAGAGGCCUUCCACCCAAGGGAACUGAAUGCAGAGCCAAGCCAGAUGCAGAUUCCAAAAGAAACGAAAGCAGAAGAUGAGGAUAUUGUUCUCACACCUGAUGGCACCAGGGAAUUUCUGACGUUUGAAGUUCCACUGAAUGAUUCAGGAUCUGCCGGUCUUGGUGUCAGUGUCAAAGGUAACCGGUCCAAAGAGAACCACGCGGAUUUGGGAAUCUUUGUCAAGUCCAUUAUCAAUGGUGGAGCAGCAUCUAAGGAUGGAAGGCUUCGGGUGAAUGAUCAGCUGAUAGCAGUAAAUGGAGAAUCCCUGUUGGGCAAGACUAACCAAGACGCCAUGGAAACCCUGAGACGCUCCAUGUCUACCGAGGGCAAUAAACGAGGAAUGAUCCAGCUCAUCGUUGCGAGGAGAAUAAGCAAGUGCCAUGAGCUAAAGUCACCUGGGAGCCCCCCUGGCCCUGAGCUGCCCAUCGAAACAGUGUUGGAUGAUCGAGAGCGGAGAAUUUCGCAUUCCCUCUACAGUGGGAUUGAGGGGCUUGAUGAGUCGCCUACAAGGAACGCUGCCCUCAGUAGGAUAAUGGGUGAGUCAGGUAAAUACCAGCUGUCCCCCACAGUGAAUAUGCCCCAGGAUGACACUGUCAUCAUAGAAGAUGACAGGUUGCCAGUGCUUCCUCCGCACCUCUCUGACCAGUCCUCUUCCAGCUCCCACGACGAUGUGGGCUUCGUGACAACAGAUGCUGGCACGUGGGCCAAGGCUGCGAUCACUGAUUCAGCCGACUGCUCUUUGAGUCCAGACGUUGAUCCAGUUCUUGCUUUUCAACGAGAAGGAUUUGGACGCCAGAGUAUGUCAGAAAAACGCACAAAGCAAUUUUCAGAUGCCAGUCAAUUGGAUUUCGUUAAAACACGAAAAUCAAAAAGCAUGGAUUUAGGUAUAGCUGACGAGACUAAACUCAAUACAGUGGAUGACCAGAAAGCAGGUUCCCCCAGUAGAGAUGUGGGUCCUUCCCUGGGUCUGAAGAAGUCAAGUUCGUUAGAGAGUCUGCAGACAGCUGUUGCCGAGGUGACUUUGAACGGGGAUAUUCCUUUCCAUCGGCCACGGCCGCGGAUCAUCAGAGGAAGAGGAUGCAAUGAGAGCUUCAGAGCUGCCAUUGACAAGUCUUAUGACAAACCUGCAGUAGAUGACGAUGAUGAAGGCAUGGAGACCUUGGAAGAAGACACAGAAGAAAGUUCAAGAUCAGGGAGAGAGUCAGUAUCCACAGCCAGCGAUCAGCCUUCCCACUCUCUGGAGAGACACAUGAACGGAAACCAAGAGAAAGGUGACAGGACUGAUAGGAAAAAGGAUAAAACUGGAAAAGAGAGGAAGAAAGAGAGAGAUAAGGAGAAGGAUAAAAUGAAAGCCAAGAAAGGAAUGCUCAAGGGCUUGGGAGACAUGUUCAGGUUUGGCAAACAUCGAAAAGAUGACAAGAUUGAGAAAACGGGUAAAAUAAAAAUACACGACACGCUGACAUCAGAAGAGGAGAGGAUACGAAUGAAGCAGGAACAGGAGAGGAUUCAAGCCAAAACUCGUGAAUUUAGGGAACGGCAAGCUCGAGAGCGUGACUAUGCUGAAAUCCAGGAUUUUCAUCGGACGUUUGGCUGUGACGAUGAGUUGACGUAUGGAGGGAUCACUUCCUAUGAAGGCUCCAUGGCUCUCAACGCCAGACCCCAGAGCCCAAGGGAAGGGCACAUGAUGGAUGCUCUGUAUGCCCAAGUCAAGAAGCCGCGGAAUUCCAAACCCUCACCUGUAGACAGUAACAGAUCAACUCCCAGCAACCACGAUCGGAUACAGCGUCUGCGGCAAGAAUUCCAGCAAGCGAAGCAGGAUGAAGAUGUGGAAGAUCGCCGACGUACCUACAGCUUUGAACAGCCCUGGCCCAGCUCCAGGCCCGCGGCACAGAGCGGCCGGCACUCGGUGUCCGUGGAGGUGCAGCUGCAGCGGCAGCGACAGGAGGAGCGUGAGAGCUUCCAGCAGGCUCAGCGCCAGUACAGCUCCCUGCCACGACAAAGCAGGAAAAACGCCAGCUCGGUGUCCCAGGAUUCUUGGGAGCAGAGCUACUCCGCUGGGGAAGGCUUCCAGAGCGCCAAGGAGAACCCCAGGUACUCCAGCUACCAGGGCUCCAGAAACGGCUACCUGGGAGGACACGGCUUCAACGCCAGGGUCAUGCUGGAGACCCAGGAGCUCCUUCGCCAAGAACAGAGGCGGAAAGAGCAGCAGAUGAAGAAGCAGCCUGCUCCCGAAGGGCCCAACAACUAUGACUCAUACAAGAAAGUCCAGGACCCCAAUUACGCCCCUCCCAAGGGGCCCUUCCGGCAAGACGUGCCCCCAUCCCCAUCUCAGGUUGCCAGGCUGAACAGACUCCAGACUCCCGAGAAAGGGAGGCCCUUCUAUUCCUGAGCACGAGAACAACGGAUGCUUCGAGUCAUGCAAUAAGAGACAUUUUCCUACGAAGACUUGUAUUUUGGGAGGUUUUUUUUUUUUUUUUUAAAAAAACUUCGAUGGUACUGUGGAAUCUUUCUGUUGUUGGUAUCAGUGCCUUUAAGCAGGAUGGGCAAAGAAACGGAAGGCCUUAAUGUCUUUGCCACGAUGUCUCAAGUGUCUGUUUCCUGGAAGGAUUUCCCACCAUCUGACAAUCACCUUGUUCAAGGCAUUUGCGUGCUCUGUGUCCCUCGGGGGUACCGGGAGUCUUGGCCCCACUCAUGAGCUGUCUGUGGCUUUGUCGUGACUGCUUCGUACAACCUGUGGUGACACGUUAACUUGAAGUGGAGGGUGAUGUGAGUCCCUGUUUUUCCCUCUCUCAGCUACGAGGUGACAUCUCGGUCUGCAGGAGAUGCAAGUGGGUGACAUACACCAAAAAUCGGGGCUUCCUGGUACUUCUGGCACAGUGGUUUGUAGGACCUGGUAAUCAGGAUGGGUUUCCCUUUUCUCUCUCAGCUCCUUGCAGCAGGAAAGUUCCAUCACCCUAUUAAAAGAAGCUAAGCCAUAUCCCAGCACUGUUUGGUUGUCAUGGAAGUCCUUUUGUAACUGCCUUAGAACUCAACAUCACCAAUAAAGUGAUGCUUCUAGUCUGUGUUUAUAAAUACACUUGUUCAGUCAUGUUCCUGACACACGUGUUGAGUCACUGCAGCUUAGCACAGGAAAUGUGGGGGCCAAGACGGGAGUGACCCCUGGUGGGGGAGGACCGGGCCUGCCCAUUGGCCCCGUGUGUCCCACCGGGUGGGCGGGCGGUAGGGGCUCAGAAAAGAACUCCCCCAGCACGAGUUCAUGGCCCGGGACAUCUCCAUCAUUAUUUUAAUUAGUUUUUGUUUAGACAGGUUGGCAGGAAGGGCAUAGAGUGGGACAAAGAUAAAUCAGACAGUCGACUGUUUUUGGAUUCUAAAAACGGAUCCGUUCUGUACGUUUUUUAAAAAGUCGGUCACAAUUGAUGCGUGUCUCGUGCGUCCACCCACUGUACCUCUGCCUGGCAGUGCCACGUCACUAAAUAACUCUGCCGUGAAACAUAAAAGCCCCAUAAAGGGAAAAGACCGAUAAAGGGAAAAGCUGUCACACAUCACACAGAGAACGUGGCGGUGUCCCCAGACAGUGCUAACACAGAGAUGGCUCUUGUGUCAAUGUCCUGACGUGCCUGCCGGCCAGGAGGGCUCCCGCCUGCACCUGUCAGUCUGAACGUCCCGUGCUGGGAACCGAGGCUGGAUCGCUGAAGUGCCUGCGAAGCCUGGUGUGAAAGAGCUGGAGGUGAAAGCUCCGCGUACUGUGUAUUCACAAAAAAAGACAAAAAAAAAAAAAAAAAAAAGACCUGUAUUGAUAUGCCUAUUUUUUUUUAUUGGCACAUUGUAUUUUUGUGUCGACUUGUUUUUUAAGAAACUCUGUGAAGCGUCCACACGUUGUCCCUGUGUCACUUUUGCAUUUCCGUGCCAUGGUUCUGUGUGUUAAUAAUCAGCAGUGUCUCAGUGGCGUGACCCGUGUAAGCGCGGCUGGCUCAGACGACAGUGGCUCUUUCCCGCAGCCGUCCCUGAGCUGCGAGAGACGGUUUUGCCUGUACAUACGAGACUUCUAAUAAAAGGCGUAUUUCUUUCUGUUC